CUUUUGUAUGUCGUGUGUCGUGCCAAGAUGAAGCUUGUUUGUGUUUCGCUGGUGGCGGUGCUGGUGGUUGUGGUGUUCAGUGGUGUUGGGGAAGGGUUGCUUGUGCCACCCACGGCUCCCUCGGGCCCAACGGACGUGGACCAGCUGCCAUGGCCCAACGCAACAUCACAGCCACUGAAUGUGAAGAAACUGACUGGCCACUACAACUCCACUGGACGUCCAUACACUGCGUAUCUUGCCAUCCUGAACAACCUGAGCAAGUUCCACUUUGGCCUCGUCCCUGAUGGCUGUAAACAGCACACCACCACACAAGACUCUGCACAGAAGCUUGACUGCGUGUAUGCGACCAACGGCGGGUUCUUCGCCUUUACACCGCCGGCCUGCGAGGGGAACAUCAUCAUCGACUCCAAGACGAUACAGCUGCCCGCCACAGGCAACUGCGUGUUUGGUCUCACCGAGAACAAGCGAACUGUGGUUGGCUUUGUUGAUGGUCCAGACAUUGCCAAGUUCCGGUUCACGCAGCUCCUGUCUGGGAGUGGGUGGCUGGUGCGCAAGGGAAAGAGUUACGUGAACAAAUCGCGUGACAUCUCGCCAACAUCUGGUUUCGUCACGGAGAAGGCGCCACGCACAGCCGUUGGCGUUCGCGCCGAUGGCACACUCAUCUCUCUUGUUGUGGACGGGGUGGAGGCGACGAAGCAGGGGCCCGACCUGUUUGAGCUUGCGGAGCUGCUGGUGGCGGUUGGCGCAUAUGAGGCCAUGAAUCUCGAUGGCGGCGGCUCAACGACGGCCGUGUACCACGGCCAGGUGUUCAACGUGCCCACGUGCCAUGACACGCCGACACCCGUCUGCCAGCGUGAUGUGACCACCAUCACUUGCAUCAAGCCGUGAUGCCCAGUGUGUGUGUGUUUGUGUGUGUGUGUGUGUGUGUGUGUAUGUGUGUAUG